UGCUUUAAUAUGGAGCUAAAUUUAUUUUUAUUUCUUGUAUGCUAUAAUCGGUAAACAGCAAUUGGGUGAUGUCACUUCCGCUAAAUUACUUCCUGUUGGUUGACUUCCGGUAUUCGUCUGAAAGCAAUCCGUACAUGUUGCUGUCCUCUGUAAUAAUAUCUGUUGCCAUCCUACACAAAGCAGCUCGAAGCAAUGCCGUGUCCUUGCCAUGCAGGGUCAUUCCCAGGCCAUCAGGAGCUUGUGGAAAGUUACGAAGGCACCAUGGCCAGGUUUGCUGCACAGAAUAAAGAGAGGAUCAAAGUAGCAGUGUCCCUUAUGGUGGCCGUCCCUCACGCCGUGGUCGGGCGCCUGCAGCUCCACCCCCAGGUGGAGCUCUGGCUCCCCCUGCAGGUGGCCCAGGAAGCGAACGGUGCCCGUGCUGAUGCGCCCGGUCGGCAGCAUGAUUCUGACCCGGUGGCCCAGCUGCAGGUCCAAGGAUCUUCAAUUGGAUUGAGAUCCAAAACUACAAGUUGCAAUGCCGACGUCCGCCUGUAGGAGUCGAGCUUGACUUACAUUGGGGCCCCUCCCCAACCCCAAGACAUGGUCUUCUCCCGGCGCACAGGUGAGGGCGACCGCCUAUGAUGACGUCACCAAGGAGGAGGAGGAAGGUUGAGUGGGCUUGACGAAGAGCAGAACGCCUCAUUCACUUCAUCCGCAGCUGACUGGAGCACGGACAGGACCAGCAAACAACUCUCCCUUCCUGCCGCAGCCGUAACUACUUUUGCAAAGCACACAGGCUGCAGAGGCAUCAUGUCGUCAACCCUUCUCUUAUUAGGCCUUCUUACUAUGCCAGGAUUCAUCACAGCCCCCUCAACGACAACGGCCAAAACUCAGUCCACCGCUUCCUCUACGUCUAUAGGUACAACAAUGUCCUCCACCAGCAUGUCUUCCUCCACAGUCCCCUCCACUACCGAAGUCCCCAUGUCCACCACCCCCACCCUCCAGAUCUCCUCAAGCGCAGCUUUAAUACCCACAGGCUCUUCAUCAAGCACACCCUUAUCCACAGGUUCAGUAACAACCCCCACCAUGCAGUGGUCCACCACCACCACCAACCCUGCAAGCGGGGCACCCACCACCACUGCAUCUGCCGGCCAGGCCACUACAGGCACACCCUUAUCCACAGGUUCAGUAACAACCCCCACCAUGCAGUGGUCCACCACCACCACCAACCCUGCAAGCGGGGCACCCACCACCACUGCAUCUGCCGGCCAGGCCACUACAGGCACACCCUUAUCCACAGGUUCAGUAACAACCCCCACCAUGCAGUGGUCCACCACCACCACCAACCCUGCAAGCGGGGCACCCACCACCACUGCAUCUGCCGGCCAGGCCACCACAGGCAUCACCUUAUCCACAGGUUCAGUAACAACCCCCACCAUGCAGUGGUCCACCACCACCACCAACCCUGCAAGCGGGGCACCCACCACCACUGCAUCUUCCGGCCAGGCCACCACAGGCACACCCUUAUCCACAGGUUCAGUAACAACCCCCACCAUGCAGUGGUCCACCACCACCACCAACCCUGCAAGCGGGGCACCCACCACCACUGCAUCUGCCGGCCAGGCCACCACAGGCACACCCUUAUCCACAGGUUCAGUAACAACCCCCACCAUGCAGUGGUCCACCACCACCACCAACCCUGCAAGCGGGGCACCCACCACCACUGCAUCUGCCGGCCAGGCCACCACAGGCACACCCUUAUCCACAGGUUCAGUAACAACCCCAACCAUGCAGUGGUCCACCACCAACCCUGCAAGCGGGGCACCCACCACUACUGCAUCUGCCGGCCAGGCCACCACAGGCACAACCUUAUCCACAGGGUCAGCAGCCAGCACCAUGAUGUGGUCCACCAGUAGCACCAGUCUUGCAAGUGGUGGACCAACAACCAUUGCUGCUGCCACCCAGACCCCCACAAGCUCACCCUUAUCCACAGGCACAGCAACCGGCACAAUGAAGCCAGUGCCCGGGGGAACAACCACUGCUGGUUCUACACUUACGCCAUAUGUUAGCUCAGUCAGUGCUCCUAACACAGGAUCCAACUCUGCCUCCUCCACAGCCAUGUCCAUGUCCACCAUGACCAUGACGACCACCGCUUCACAAACCUCCAUGACGACCGCAACCUCUGCUGGUAGCAUGCCGACAACUGCAAUGAGCAUGCUAUACUGUCCCGAAUUCUCGUGCAACUACUCAGACUGCAACGCCAUGUACGGCAGUCAAAAUGCAACGCAAUGUGCCGCUGGUCAGUGGUGUAAGCUGUGCAAGAUGGACAUGUACUACUACAUGGCGAGCUGCAGCGACUCCUGCGGCCUCCUCUGCUCCAACGCCUCCCAGACCAACUGCAGCGUGGAAUGCUGCAACGGAACCGACUGCCUCAACGACACGUUUGCGUCCAUGAUGAUGAUGAUGAUGUCCACAGCUGCUCCAACCACCGCACCCGUCACCACGGCCGUGGUCACCCCGCCGCUAACAACAGCAGAUGACAGUAACAAAUGCCAUGAAGGGACGUGCAGCGGGGCUACUUGCUACACGAGCAUCAGCAUGAUGAUGAAGUGUUCCUCCACACAGCUGCACUGUCAGCUGAAAAAAGAGAUGGUCGGCUCAGACAUGCGGUGGACAGCCGGCUGCACGACCAACUGCUUGGACGAAACGGCGUGCACAGACACCACGCAGCCGCCGUGCCACCUGGAGUGCUGCAACGCCACCCUCACUUCCUGCCUGUGGCUGAACGGCACCAUGAACGUCUUUUCGUCCGCCACCGGCGGUCCUCUUCUUCAAGCGGGACUCGUGACGUUUUUACUUGCCUUUCUGGUCGCUUCCGGGUUCCUGCUGUGAGAAAGCACAUGGAAAGUCUUUAUUCGUUGCUGAUUGUAUGUACAGAAUGUUUGGAAUCAUAUUAAAAACUUGUAUUUUCUUUUUUUGUCUUAAGACCGGUGACAAUUUGAUUUGAAAAUAUUUAUAGAGAAAUGCAGGAAUCAGAAGCACCAUCACAUUACUCAAUAACUACUGCAGGUGUGCCUAAUAAUAUUGUGCUUUUUUUUCAUUGUCCUCUCUUAAAGCCAUUUGUGAGAAUAACGCAGCUGUGACAAUAUAUGAUGCACUUUACACAAGCUGUUUUGUUUUUGUUUUUCUCUACAGGCAUUUUUAAGAUUGUUUAGAUUCUAAUUCAAUCAGUCUGUAUCGUGCUUCUUUUUAUUUUUUAUAUUUUUUUCCUGUGCAUUGUGAUUACUUUUGUGUCGUUUUUUUUAAGGCAAACAUGUCAA